CAGCCCCGACUCAGCCUGCCAGAUCCCCACCUGGCGGCAUUGGGGAGAUGGAGUGGCCCAACCCACACGCCCAGCCUCCCGCCCCUGACUUCCCUUGAUAACAAACCAGAAAUUGAAACGGGGUCGGGAUGCCGGGCUUGAGUUAGAGAUGAGUCACUGCCCAGAGUGACUGAGAAGUGGCAACAGAGAGGCAGAGGAGAGCCCAGGGAACAGAGAAAGCAGAACUGUCUGAGAGUCACCCAGGAACAUGGCAGGAAGCCCAGAGGUGGUGGCCAUGGACUGUGAGAUGGUGGGGCUGGGACCUCUCUGUGUGAGUGGCCUGGCCCGCUGCAGCAUUGUGAACCUCUGUGGCACAGUGCUGUAUGACAAGUACAUCCGGCCUGAGGGAGAGAUCACUGAUUACAGAACCCAGGUCAGCGGGAUCACACCUCAGCACAUGGCAAGGGCUACGCCUUUUGGGGAGGCCAGGCUAGAGAUCCUGCAGCUCCUGAAAGGCAAGCUGGUCGUGGGCCAUGACCUGAAGCAUGACUUCAAUGCAUUGAAGGAGGAUAUGAGUGGCUACACCAUCUAUGACACGUCCACAGACAGGCUGCUGUGGCACGAGGCCAAGCUAGACCACUGCAAGCGAGUGUCCCUGCGAGUGCUGAGUGAGCGCUUACUGCACAAGAGUAUUCAGGCAGGUCAGUGCCAUCCUAUCUAAGCUGGCUCCAGGCCUCACCCUCCAGGACUCCAUACCACCACUUCAGGGGCUCCAGUGCAAAUGUGGAAGCACAAGAUUCUUCCCCCAACUCCUGAGAGGCUGUGUGCUUAUGUGUGGUGUGUCAAGGAAUUGAGUGCAGGAUCCUUCUCGGCAAGGUGAUCCCAGGAAGUGAGCUACUAGGGAAAGAAAGUGGAUGCACCCAGUUCAGGCUUCCUGGUUUAAAUUGAGCUGGUGACCCGAUGCAUAUGAGGCUUCUGCUACUGCAGUUCCUCAGAGGCAGUAAAGCCUGCACCUUCAAUGUGCUCACAGUGGGUCCUUACACAUUACUUCCUGUCAUGUAUUUCUGUCAGCAGUUUCCAAGUGCUGUUUCCUUAGGACAUGGGGGUGGGACUCACCUCAUCCAAGUGGGAAGAGCUGAGAGUCUUGGGCCAAACACUGCACUGCACAAGGGCUGUCUUGGGCAACAGCUUUUUAAUUUUAUUUUUCAGUGCUGGGGAUCAAACCUAGGACCUUGAACGUAACAUGUCAACUAGCACUCUACCUCUGGUUUUUAAAGACAUAGUCUUGAGAUGUAGCUCAGUCAGGCCUCAAACUUACAAUCCUCCUGUCUCAGCCUCCUGAGAGCCAGUAUUGUGGGUUUGUACACAGCUUCUGUGUUUCUUUGUUUAGCACCUGCUCCAUGCCAGAUGCUGGGUCUCAGGGUGAACACAAUCUGCCCCUGUCUGAAAGGAGCUCUUGGUAGGAGGCAGCCCAGUUUCAGAUCAUCAGCAUGCUCUACAGAGUGUCAGAUAGAAGAGAAGGCAGGAGGGAUAUAGCACAGAGUGCUUUCCUAGAAUGCACUAAGCCCUGGGUUCACUACCAUAAACCAGGAAUGCUGGUGCAUGCCUAUAAUCCCAGCACUUGGGAA